GGAGGUCCCCUUUUGGUUACUAUUGCGCAUGACACGCAUUAAGUAGUGUUUAUCUUUAUAAAGUCAAGAAUAAUUUAGGAGGAUUAUUUUAUGUAAUUUUCAGCUAUUUUAGGAUUAAAUUUUAAUAAAAAUGGUGAAGUGUUGUACUGUUUUAAAUUGUUUGAGUGGGAAAAAAAAAAGAGCGAAAGAAAAAUAAUGACUCCAAUCUUCGACAGACUUCUCUAUUUAAAAUUCCACAAGAUGUCGAUAAAUUGCGCAAAUGGAGCUUAGCAUUAUGUCAAAAUUUGACACCAGACAAAUUUGUUUGCGAGUUACAUUUUUUGGACGAUGACAUGAUUAAAAAAGAUAUGCUACCAAUAUUUAAUUAAGAUACUUAUAUUUCAAAUCGAAAGAAAUAUACUUUAAAGCCGAAUGCCAUUCCGAGAGUUGACUACCAUUUUUUAUUUUUUUUGUCAUUCUAUAAUAUCAAACUUUGAAGCUUUUUGCAAUUUUUUCCAUUAAGCUUAUUUCUCAAAAUACAUCUUGAAAAUUUUUAAGUGUUCAGAGAACUUUGAAAUAAAAAAAAAAGAAUACAAACAAAAUUUGAAAAUGGCCAUCAUGACACAAAUAUUCAGUUUAUUCAAAAAAAGUAAAUAAAAAAGUUGAAGAAUGUUUGAACAACUUUUUUUUGCUAUUGUAAAAUCACCAUAAAACUAUAGGCAAAUCAUCAUAUAUUUUCUGUGGAAUCAUGGUGAAAUCACCAUUAAUUUACUGUAGAAUCAUGGGGAAAUCACCAUUAAUUUACUGCGAAAUCAUGGUGAAAUCGUCAUUAAUUCACUGCGAAAUCAUGGUGAAAACACUAUUGAUUUACUGUGAAAUCACCAUUACUUUACUGUGAAAUCAUUGUGAAAUCAGCAUUAAUUUACUGUGAAAUCAUGAUGAAAUCACUACUAAAUCACAAUGACAAAAUGGCACAAAAUCACUGUGAAUUCACUAUGAAAUCACCGUAAAUACACCGUCAAAUUACGGUGAAAGUGAAUUCACUGUGAUUUCACAGUGAUUCUAAGUCCGCGAGGGAUGGUAAAAUGAACUUGAAAAUAGGUUUCAAAUUAUCACCUCAUCAUUUAAAGCCUGAAGGCGAUGACGCAAUAAAACCUUAUUUAAGCCAGAAUCUGUUAUUCUAAUUUGCAUUAUUUGAUAUUUAAAUAUUUUCUAUAUCAUUAACAUAAAAAACUUGUAACUUUCUUAUUUUUCCGUAAUAACGCUAAAAUAUUGCUUUUAUUUGUAAACUAUCAUGUCAUAAUCUAUUUAAUCGCUGGGCUAUUGUUGACUUUGAUCAAUAUCUCCGCGAUUGGGAGAAAAAAGCUAAAGAGGAGAUAACAAAACAAAAAGCAGAAAAAAAAAGAAGAAGGCUAAUAAAGCUGAUGAUUUCGAUAAUUUUGAGGAGGAUUUUGAGUUUUUAAUCACAACCAGUACUUUAACUGGCUUUAAAGUAACUCUCGGAACUACUUUGGAAUUACUUGAAUUUUUACAUGAUAAGUGUAAUUAUGAUUACCUCAUGACGUCGCGAUUGAAUCAAGAUGCUUUGGAAAAAUUCUUCGGAAUUAUGCGGUCAGCUUGUGGAUGUAACGACCACCCGGAUCCAAUACUUUUUGGCCAAGUUUUCCGUCUUCUCUGCAGCUAUUCUCUAGCAACACCACCGAGGGGUUCCAACGUCACCGGUGGGGAAUUACUAAAAUCAUUAAUGCACACUAAAGAAUCAUUAACUGCAUCUAGUCAAAAUAAAAAAAUUUGGCUCGAUAAAAUUGAUUCUAUUGUUAAAACAGGAAUAGCAAAUGAGAACCCAAGAUUUUUUAAUAAUAAUGAUGGUGAACGUUUACCUUUUGAGCAUUGGGUCGAUGAAACUAGUGAUGAAAGUGAUGACAAUGAAACUACUGAUGUCUGUGAUUUUAAUAAAAGAAAUGUGAACUCUACUCAGAGAGAAAAUAACUGUGAUGAUAAUAAUAAUAAUAAUUUAAGUGAUGUUGAAAAAUCUAACUAUUGUGAUGCUGAUACUAAUAAUGAUAGUAAUAGUGCUUGUUAUGUUUCUACUAAUAAUAAUAAUAAUGAUAAUGGUGAUAAUAGUUCGGCUAAUGCUAAUGAUAAUUAUAACGAUAAGUCGCCGGAGACACUCUUAGUUAAUAAUACCUCUGACAAUGGAGAUAGGUCUAAUAUUUCAAAUGAUUACGUUUAUUUGGAUCAUGAUUAUGACAUAACGCAUACUAGUGAUCAUGUCGUUUCAUACAUUGCAGGAUUCAUGGCCAGAAAAUUUUCUCGUUUUACGAAGUGUUUAGACUGUAAAGAAAUGUUAACUGCUUCAUUUCCAACGGAACGUGACAAAUUAAUUGAAAAAAUGAGCGAUGGAAAUUUAAUUUAUCCAAGUGAGGCUUUAUUUUUACUCAUAAGACAAUUAGAAAUUCAAGUAUUAAUAGUUGUUGGAACAAAAAAUUUUACAUCGGGUACAAUGUUUCAAAUUCUUGAAAAAGUUUCACAACUUGAUGAGUUACCAAUUCUUGGAUGUGAAAAACACCGCAAAGAAUUUAUGAUAAAGAUUAUAAUUAAUUUUAUUGUGAUGAGAGGCCAUUUUUUAACCGAUUCUUUCAAUCACAAUGUAAACAAUCGUCAAAUAAUGACUAAACGUAUGCGCAAAUUUGCGAAAAAAUAAUAUUUGUCCCUAACUCUGUACAUAUCUUUAAUUAAACUUAAUUGUUGCUCGCUUCGAUGUCCCUAUUAAUAAUUUUUACAUAAAUAAUAAUGAAUAUUUGUUUAUAUUUAUAACAAUAAAUAUUUUUCUAUUUAAAAUUA